UCCCCCUUUGAGUGUAUUAUCAUUUUGGGAUAAAAAUUGCAAGGGAAAAAACACGGCCUCCUUCCCUCUUCCUCCUUCGGGGAGGGUUAGGGAGACAACUUUGAAAAUGGAGCCGAAGCACCACAGUGUGGGGAGACAGGAGCGAGGCGAAAUAACACGAGUGGUGGGAGAGAGGGAGAAGGAGGAGGAGGAGAAGGAGGGGGCGAGCGAAUUAAAAGUUGGCCAAAUGGAGAUAUUGGGUUUCAAGUGGAGUAGAGAAGGGAGUAAAGAAAAAAAGGGUUUGCCUCCGCGACUCCUUAUGUUAUGCUAAUCGGGAUAAAUAUUUAUAGAUUCGUUUUUCCGCCUAACUGCGCGUUCAAAAGGGGAGGGCGUCGACGACACGUCGGCAGGCUAGCUAACAGAAAAAACGGCCGUUUGGCCCUGUAAAAUGUCUCCAGAGCGAACGAAACUGACUGGGACGAGGACCGGGUUCGAGAGAGAGUACACCCGCCCGGAACAGCUUUGGCUCCGGGGGAAAUGUGACGUUUUGCGCCGCUCGGGAUGAGUGAGAAAGCCUUGCCCAAAAACGCGUCAAGGCAACCACGUCGACUGGCACCCUGAUUGCGAUAUGUCUAUUCUGGGCUAUAUUUUGGAAAUAAAAUCGUACAGGCUGCACAUUUGGCUGAGUUUGUCGGCUUAUUUUUGAGGAGUUUUGUUUCCAAUGCGCCUGGACAACAUGGCGUACGAGCUAGGGCGGACUUGAAGGGCAAUUCGAGCUUUGUCCGGGACAAAGCUGGAUUGGAGUCCUUUUGCCUUUUUCGUCCCGAACAGCGAUAUAUUAAUUUGUAUUUUUGUGACUACCCAACACGCAUCUUUAGCCAUGACGCAAUUUCACACUCUUGUUCUUUGAACACGACGCCCUUCGGAACUCGUUCUUAGGUUUCACGUUAGCCUUUUUGUUUUAAAUCGAUCCUAAAAUAAACGAUUACCUUUUACAAGUAAUAUAGGAGUAUGAGCUAAAUGUUUUUGUAUUUUACAUUCGUUGUGAUGUGAGAAACAAUGGCGCCCCAACAAUAUUUCUCCCAAAAUUAAAAGCCCCUUUUCCCAACAGUGGCAAUUUAACACUUGAUUUUGGGUUAUAGUAUAGCUUUGCAUGAUGAUUUUUGCUCCGAAAAUAUCUUUAAGAACAUUUUUUUAGCUCUGUUGUUGACCCGAGUGGUUCAAAGAUGGAGUCUGAGCGAGUCGCAGUGCAAAAAAAAAAAAAAACAACAACAACAGUAUGGCUUUACCAGCAGCCAUUUUGUCACUUUAGCGUGUCCAGUACAGCAAAUGUCACUUAAGCUGCACAUUACUCACUGCAUGUAAAGUAAGCAUUUAGUUUUACCGCAGAAAAAAAAUCUCUGUUGCUCCUGGACACAUGCACCAGAAAUCAAAAAAUGAAUGUUAAAUAUUAUUGCUUCUCAAGUACUGGCAUCAAGUGUUUUUCCCCCUUCUAUUCUUUGCUCAACAAUACACUUCAUGGCUAAAAUAAAGCCAAUCAUCCAUAGUCUGCCGUUCAAGGCUAUUUAGAGCAUGGUAUGGUUACUUCCGCACAGAUGUACCUUUUCACUAUGUGAGGGGAUUGGUGUGGCCGCUGAUGUAGUAUGUCACAGUAGUCAUGUCUGAAAGAAGGUCACACUGUUCACAGAUGGUGAUACUGUGCAUCAUCUUUUUAGCUCUCCUACACUGUAUCUGCUUUUAACUUAACAUCACUGUCAAAUCAUCACCUCCCCCCUGCAGCACAUUCAGUGACUGGGAACGAAGGGUGUUAGAUGACUGGAUCUAUGUGCCCUGACAGCAAUCAGUGUCAUGGAUGAUGAGGAUGAUCGCCAUCUUCUGGAUAUUUUAGGAGAUGUGGAUGCAUUGAAUGACUAUCUACACGGCAACAACAGCAAGUCCAUUGAAGAGGACGAUGUAGCGAAUGCUGCAUACGGAUCAGAUGCCUCUUUCUUCACUGCUGAUGAUGCUGCAAAUGGCGGACUCAAAGAUGGCUCCUCCACAAUGGCCGAGUUUGGCGGAGCUCCUGCUAGAGAUGGCCUCCAGCUCUCCAGCAGCCUCUCCUUUAUCGAGCACCACCUGGGGGCCGGCAGCCCACCCGGAGGUGGCGUGGACCUCGGCGAAGAGCAGCCCUUCGAUAUCCUCCAGAAAUCUCUUCUGGAAGCUGACAUCACUGAGCAGACGUUGGCACAGGAGGCGUUGCUGGACACGCAACCCGCGCCCACCCUCGUGCAGGCUCCCUUGUCCUUGCCGUCCCAGCUGGUCUCUGGGGGCUAUGGAGGGGGUGCGGUCACCACGGCGGCGGCGGCGACGUUACCGGCCGGACAUUUCCUUCAGGGCGUUUCCUCGUUGCCGAAUGGUUCCACGCAGCACAUCCAGGUGCUCGGCUCGUUCGGAGCGGGAAGCGGAGUCAUGACGCUCAGCGGUCUGGAAAGAACUCCUCAGAUUGUGCUGAGGCCGGCGGGCCCCGUCGCCGCUGCGGGAUCUCCGGCUCCAGGCGGGCAGGUGUAUGCUCCUACCCAGGGCCAUAUUGGUCAAGGGGGCUUCAAGAACAUUCCCCUCCAGAACGUCAUUAUUCAGAGAGGUCCAGGAGGAACCCAUACUCUUGUGAGGCCGAUCCAGCCUAAACCGCAUCAAGCUGGGGCUCAGACUGUCAUCAGUUUACAGACCGCGGUCUCACCGUUGGCAAAUACGGCUAAAAGUGCACCACAGUUCACCGCCAAUGGUUCCUUGGUGGUGGAUCAGCAGCAGGCCCAUACCAACAUACAAGCGGGACAGUACUUGCUGCCCACUUCUUUGACAGUUCACAACGGCCCCCCCGCAGACUCCGCUGCCCAUAUCACUGCCCACAAUGCGGUGCAGAUUGUUGCCGGGCAAAAAAUGACAGCGCAAGCGGGCGGGCAGCUCAUUUUGAAUCAGGGCGUGGCGAGUGGCGGCGCGACACAAACAUGGAAGGGCGCUGCGCCCGCAACGUGCACCGCGGGCCGGCUGGCACUGGUUAGUCAGGGGCAGCUCUCGGGUAGCCCCGUGCAGCGCCUCCUAGUGACGCAAACGGCUAACUGUACAUCACUGUCCCCUUUACCUAACACAGCGACGCCAGGACAAGAACACAGACAGAAUGCUUCUGGAGCUGCCGUCAAACAAGUGCAGCUCAGCGCACACAAGAGGCCCGCACCGCUGACCAAAGGAGGAAUGAUUUUACAGCAGCUGCGGGAACAUCACGACAGGGUGGACAUGCCCGACCGGCGACACUUUACGUCGUUCAGUGAUGCGCUGCAACGGCUCCUGCCCUUCCACGUGUUCCAAGGCACUCCACCCAGCCAGGAGGAGUUCUCGCAGGUGGAUGAGGAGUUCGAGUCAGUUGCGACACAUGUGUUGAUGAGGACCCAGGCCAUGAUCAAUAAGUACAGACGGCUGCUUUUGGCUGAAUCUGAGCAUUCCAGUCCUUCAUCAGAGAUGGUGAUGAUCGACAGGACCUUUAACCAAGAAGAGCGCAGCUGCCUGACCCAGGACAAGCGCAUGCUACUCGUGGAUCCAGACGCUUUCUUGGAGGACUUCUGUUGCGGACCGAAAUCCAAACAUUUGGAAGAUCCCGUGCCCUCUCCGCCACCACCGCCUGACAUAGACUCGGAUGAGUCGACAUACAGGAGAGACUCCCAACCUGGUUUUUGCGACCCGGGAGGAGGAGGCGGUGGUGGUGAUCGAUUUCAAGCUUCACCUGUGGAGAACAAGAGCGUCCUGGAACUGAAGCGAUCCCAGCAGCAGCAUUUGGGGCAGGAAGGUAACCACUCAUCUUUGGCAGCACCUGCAGGGGGGCACACGCACCCCCAGGCGGCCUCGCCCGCACACCUGGACACGGACUCUGCUCUGGAGGCGGCUGUCAACAGCAUCCUGGAAUGUUAACAAACCACAUGGAGUUUCGUUGGUAGUCGAUUUGUGUAGUUUGCUCUGCUCUUGAUGUAGCACUACUUUUGUUUUAUUUUGGCAGAUACACGGGGUCCUCGGUUUAUGACGGCGUUUCUUUUCUGAGGAAGUGGAACUUGUCGGAAUGUGUCGUGUAGUUGACACUAAUGAAUUAGUAAAGUCAGAAUUAUCGUAAAUAUUUCAAAUGAAAUAUUUCACUUGCAGGCCAGCAAAGACGGUGGUGACCAUUUUUCCGCCACGGCACCGAUGACUUCAUUACGCUCCGUUCGGAAGCUCAAAAUAACGAAAGUCAUAAUUUGACAAACACCUGCAGGCCAUAAAUCUAAACACUCCAAUGAUAAACCCUAAGUACGGCGAUAACUGCGUGUGCCUUAUUGUGCUGCAUGAUUUAUUUAUUGUGCUCGUAUGAAAAAUGAAUUGAUUUUGUGCUUUACGUAAUCUCGGAAUGUCACCAUUACAGUAAAUGAAAAACAUUUCUAGGCCAUAAAUGAAAAACAGGAAGUACGGUGGCACCGCCCGUUAGUGACGUAUUCUUACAUUCCUACCAUUCAGAACCUCAAAUUACCGUCAGCAUCUGCGUGAAAAACACUUUUAGACUCUAAACAUAAAACCAAUGAACUGUAAAUACAGCACUAUCUCAGCGUGCCUUAUUAUGUCGCGUGACCGCUGUGUUCUUAUGCCACUAUGCAAACUUGUUCCUGACGCGACAUUCGGAUCCUCAAAAGUGUCAUAAGUACAAAUAACGUUUGUAAGAAAAGACUUUGGCCAUAGUUAUAAAACAAUUCAACAAACGGUUAGUACGGCGGCGACUGAGCGUGCCUUCUCGUGCCAUAACUAACAAUUCAAAAACGCUGUCGUUUUACGUAUUGGCCAAACGUAAAAAAAAACGAGGACCCCCUGUACUGUGAAAACGGGCACUUCUAAACACCCACAAUGCUGUGGGAAUUUGUGCAAUUUAAGGAUCCAUAAUUUGUUCGCUGUGGCAACUCCGUGCCUCCUCGGCUUUUAUUACAAACGGUUUACAUGAAGAUUCGGAAAUUUCCUUGACGAAUUGCACUAAAAGCCGUUUCCAUCGGACUGCACACACGCGCUCACUUUUAUUUGGCAUUUUCUUUGGCUUCCCCUCCUCCCCACACCUCUUCUUUUUGUACCUUAAAGGUACGCGAGCCUCUAGACGUCAAACACGCAAACUCGCCUAUCAUUUUACUGUGUUUGCAUCGGGGGAGAUUUAUCCUCAGAUUGAGGAAGUUACUUUGCUCAUAUUUUCUUAAUCUGUGUUUUUAUUUACUUUGGUUUUAAACUGGAGGAUUCGUUGAUUGUAUGCUUUUGUCUUGUCCGCCUUUAUUUUCUUUGUUCUCAACAGCACAACCAAAACAAAGCAUCUGUUAUUGAUGUCACGCGGGACUCUAACACUUUGUUGCUCCAUUGUGAAAAUCAAGCUUGAAUGAUUCAGACUGAAGGUAUUCAAUCCAAACCAUUUCAGUCCAAUGUUUAAACCUGCGAGUGAGCUUCAAUUGCAGACUGAUGGCCUUUUUUUCCCCAGCAACCAAUAAUGAUGUACUAGUAAGUUUGCUUGUUCUCCUCUGGCUUCCUCCCACAUUUCAAAGUCAUGCAGUUUAGGUUCAGUGACUACUGGUACUCUAAAUUGUCCUUUAUUCUGGGUUUGAAGGGUUUGUCUAAAUGUGCCCUGUAAGUCAUUGGCUGGCAACCAGUCCAGGCCGUAGCCCACCUCUCGCUCCAAAUUCAGUCUACAGCUCAUCUGCAACCCUCGUGAGGACAGGCGCGACAGAAAAUAGAUGGACAGAGUGUCCGUCAUCUUCUAGCUGCUGCUGUCCAUUAAACAAUGUCCAGUUAUCAAGCAAAAAAAAUGUUUUUAAGCCCCUACGGUGCCAUUCUUGGAUCGAUAAACAGGCCCGUGCUUUCUAUUUGUAUUGUCAGACUUGAUCCUGUAUAGUUUGUCGUUUUGUAUAAACAAACAAAAAAAUAUUUAUAAUUUUUGUAUGGAAGAGAAAAAAAUGUUUUAAAAAAACAAUCAGAGAAAAUGGCAAUUAUUUUGUAUUACGUUGGUGUCAGUUGUUGAUUGUUGUGUUGCCCGUAGCAGCAACAAUAAAUUCAUUUUGAAUACAAA